AUAACCAUUUGCAUAGCGUCCGUCUUUCGAUUACAAGAAGGAACAAGAAAACUAUAACCAGAGAGAAAAAGAGGGUUUCAAAAAUCAAUUGAACAAUCUUCCGCAGAAUUUUAAAAAGAGGGAUUUAUUAGAUCUGAUCUGAUUUUGUUAUUAUCAAGUGACCGUAGAAAGACAAAAUUUCUAGGGUUUCUUCUGAUCUGAUCUGAUUUUACAUACCAGAAGAAUCCUUUUGUUUUUCUUUUAUCUUGUUGUUUAAUAAUCCAAUUGAUUGUGAUAAUUGAAGAAAUCUGGUUUUAAUUUUGAGUAUUAUCAAAUUUCCCCUAAUUUUGUACAUUUAUUCGGUGAGAAAUUUUAGGGGUUUCGUUUUUAGUAUUUAAUUUAAAUUUGUUGUUGUCCAGUUUAAUGAAUAACGAUCAAUCACAAACGAUCAAUCAGUCACAAAUGAUGAUCAAUCGUAGUUAUGGCGGUUGGAAUCAAAUUCCAUUACCACAACCUCCUCUUCCUGAAGAUCCGAUGAAAUUUCAUAGUUCACAAAGGCCUGGAGUCGGUGGUGCUAGUGGUUUCCCAGUUAGGAAACCACGAAGUAACUGGAAAGGGAAAAAAAGUAUGGAUAAUAAAUGGAGUGGUGGUGGUGGUGGUGUGAGCGGAGGUUCUGGUGGUGGUGGUGGAGGUUAUAUACCUCCAACUCUUAAUGAAUUACAGUCUCAAAAUCGAUUGAAAGCUCGUAGGUUUUAUCCAAAGAAGAAGCAUAAUAGAUUUGCACCCUUCGCUCCAAGGAACACAACUUCAUUUCUAAUUAGAGCAAAAAAAUCAGGGGGAAUUGCAUCACUUGUAUCACCUUGUCCAGUAACACCUGCAGUUUUACCAACACCAAUAUUUUCACCAUCGAGAGAGGUUUUAGUUGAUAUGGCUAAAGAGGAAUGGGGUGUAGAUGGUUAUGGGUCAAUGAAAGGUUUAAUUCGUCUUAGAUCUUCUUCUUCACCUGGCCGUGGUGGUGUUGACGACGGCGAUGAAGAUGUUGAAGGUGGUGGAUCAAGUGAAAGUGAUGUUGAAGAACAUGUUGAAGUGGAAAGAAGAUUAGAUCAUGAUUUAAGCAGAUUCGAAAUGAUUUACCCUAAUUCUAGCAGUGAACUACAUCAUUCAAAUUUGUUAGAAAAUCGAGUUGAUGAUCAAGAUACGCACAUAGCUCAGCUGGAAGAAGAGAAUUUAACACUGAAAGAAAGACUUUUCUUAAUGGAGUCCGAAUUAGCUGAUUUAAGGAUGCGGUUACAGUUUUUGGAAAAUGGUGGAAAUCGUGCUGCUGUUGGUGGACAACAAGAUGAGAAUAACAACGAUGAAGCUUCUGACAACGAAGGAAUUGGAGAUGUUUGUUCUGAGAAGAGUGUUGGAGAUGGUGAUUAAACUUAGGGUUUAGGUUACUAUAAUAAUCAGUUCCACUCUCUUUGAUGAAAUACUGAGAAUGGGCAAAAGCCGAACUCCUUCAUGUUGUGGGUGAAGGAAAGGGAAAAAAGAGGUCUCAUCAGGCUACUACUGUUGGAAUCCUUUCAGCUCUUGAGGUUGACAUUGCAGAAUUAGGCGUUUUCUGUAUUCUUGUCAAUAUGGCCAUCAAAGUUGCGAGAGAUCUCCAUCCCAGCUCGGAUUCCAAUAUAUGACAAUAGGAGAAAUGAAAUCAGUUUGACUUUGGCCAAAUUUUGUUGCAUACAGUUCUUAUACGGACAAUUGAACAAGAUAACAAAACCCAAAUAUUAUUUGCUCUUC